ACUGGCAUUAUGGGAUAAGGGCGGAAUGUAGUGGGGAAGUUCCGGAUUCCCUAGAGUGGCCUCGAGCGGACAGACGCAAAGAAAGAGUUCCUAAAUUAAUAAGUUAACGUUUAUUUACGUGCAGUACCCAGAGGUUUUGGCUCCUGACGACCGUGGAGAUGUCUCAGCCUGCAGAAAAAGGGAAGUUUCCUGAAGCCGCGGGAUACGUGGGCUUUGCAAACCUGCCCAACCAAGUUCACCGGAAGUCAGUGAAAAAGGGCUUUGAAUUCACACUGAUGGUUGUAGGGGAGUCUGGUUUAGGCAAGUCCACCCUCAUUAACAGCCUGUUCCUGACAGACCUUUACCCAGAGCGCUACAUUCCUGGAGCUGCAGAGAAAAUUGAGCGGACGGUACAGAUCGAAGCAUCCACAGUGGAAAUUGAAGAGCGGGGUGUCAAGCUGCGCCUUACCGUGGUGGAUACUCCUGGAUAUGGUGAUGCCAUCAACAGCCAGGACUGCUUUAAGACCAUCAUCCAGUACAUUGACAAUCAGUUUGAGCGCUACCUGCACGAUGAGAGCGGCCUGAACCGGAGACACAUCGUGGACAACCGAGUGCACUGCUGCUUCUACUUCAUCUCACCCUUUGGACAUGGGUUGAAACCCCUGGAUGUAGAGUUCAUGAAGGCCAUCCACAGUAAAGUGAACAUUGUCCCAGUCAUCGCUAAGGCAGACACGUUGACGCUGAAGGAGCGUGAUCGUCUCAAGAGGAGGAUCUUGGAUGAAAUAGCAGAGCAUGGAAUUCGCAUCUACCAACUCCCAGAUGCUGAUUCAGAUGAAGAUGAGGAGUUCAAAGAGCAGACACGGGUGCUGAAGGCCAGCAUCCCCUUUGCGGUGAUCGGCUCCAACCAGCUGAUUGAGGUGAAAGGGAAGAAGAUCCGGGGCCGACUGUAUCCCUGGGGUGUGGUAGAGGUGGAGAACCCCGAGCACAAUGACUUCCUCAAGCUGCGCACUAUGCUUGUCACCCACAUGCAGGACCUGCAGGAGGUCACCCAGGACCUGCACUAUGAGAACUUCCGCUCAGAGAGGCUGAAGAGAGCAGGCAGGGCUGUGGAGGAAGAUGUGGUGGACAAAGAUCAGAUCCUCAUGCAGAAGGAGGCUGAGCUGCGACGCAUGCAAGAGAUGAUUGCGCAGAUGCAGGCACAGAUGAGGAUGAAACCAGGAGAUGACUGAGGUGUGACUGGUACUAAAUACCCCCUACGAGCACUAACAGAUUUACUACGACCUACAUCAUCAUCAUCCUGCUUCCCUGUAACUGACAGGGUCCUGCAGCCCAUCUGAUGCCUUAACUCUGUGGCGUCUCGCAACGACCACUGUCUCUUCUGCCUUACAUCCCCUAAAGCAACUCCCCUCCAGACAUUUGUAGGUUUUUUGCCUUUCUCCAUUCUGGUUCUCUUCUGUACCAUCACAUCAUUCAUGAUGCUUGCUACAGUAUUGGGCCUGGACUUCUUACGAUGCCUUUUAAACCACUGAAAAGUAAAGCAAUGGUAAAACACUGAGAAGAGAAAUUCCAUAUUUGGGUAGUUUUUCUUCAUUAGGUUACUGUGUCUCCUGGCUUAAGAAGAUUUGGUCAAACAGAAAAUGAGUGUAACUUUUUAAAAAAUUCUUUAAUUUGAUAAUCAUUCAUUUGGGGACUCGGUAGAUGGCAGAUUUUUCUUAUGGUACCAAUGUAAAUACAUCGUUGCCUGUUAUAUCCUGUCCUUUGCUGACACCCAUGUGAUAAUCUCUGUGUGAAUUGGGCAUCUUCAGAAAAUCAUGAUAAUGUUUUACUGUCCGUGAUUCCUGGGAAAAAUGUUUAACAUCCUACAAGGCUACUGCUGCGGCCCUGAUCAGGACAAGCGCGUAACGAAAGGGAAUCUACGUAUAUGUAGUUUUUCUUCCCCCCCUCUCAUGUUCCAUUGCCUUUGACUUUCCUUCCAACUGAGAUGAAUUCCACGUUGAUGUUUCUGAUUAAAAAUGUCAAGAUUAUUGAUCAUUACAACCGUAAAUAUUGUGCUGUCCAUUUCAAGAAGAUCCAUCUGUGAUCACUUGUGUGUUGUGGAGUCAUUGCUCCAGUCUGGAAAGUGGGCUGUUUAAUUGUUAAAUAAUUGCUUGAGUCCUCAUUAUUAGGGAGAACUCGCACAGUUCCUUCCUGAAAACAGAAAUGGCUCUACAUUUCCAUAUAGUACAUGUCCAUGACCAUAUUUUUAGCCCUUUGUCAGUGAAUUGUUGCAUCUGUUUGAUACCUGUGUGCAUCACUGCUGGUGGUGGUAGUGGGGUUCUGAUAGUUGGCCACAAUGUAAUUUUAUGGUCAGUAUAUGCAUUUAACAUUUGUGAAGAAUGUUUGUUCUGAAAUAUUUAGAAAUGGAUGUGUGUCCUAAUAUCUGUGCCCUUUUUUCUGUUUUGAUGCUUGUCUGUUGGAUCAUAAGGUUCUAGGUACAUGUUUGUCAAAUAAUUUGCUGACCAAUGUUCCUAAUGUCCAUUGACACUAUUUGAUGAUAGCUUCAGGUACUUUUUUUUUUUAUUAAACAUUUUAAGUGCCCUAACAGGUUGAAACAAAGUUCUUCUUAAACAGAAUCCUGUAAGGUCUUCGUCAUUACUGUAUUUGAACAUGAGCUGUUGUGAAAUAUCACUCUUGGGUACCAAUAAUGUCACCUUUGUCAUGGUCCCGUAGAGUGAUGUUCCUCUGAAUUUCCCCAAAUUAGCACAUUACUUUUGCCCUGUUAUCCCUUCCAACAUAUUGAGAGUAUUUGU